AUGAAUCCAGCUAAGCCUGCUCAUCCUGAGAUCAAGCAAUAUAGCCACUCUUCUCCUUUCGAUGCGAGACCUUUUGAUUCAUACAUUUCUCAGAAAGAUCUCUUCACUCAGUUUGGCUUCGGCUGUAUCUACUGUCAAAAAAAACCUGAAAACGCUGGUUACGGAAUGGAGAGAUUAUCCGGCGCUCGAAAAGGGAUCAAAUCGUGUCGGUUGUUCUUCAAAAGUCAGAACCUUAUGCACAGUGUUCGCGAAAUCGAUGGUCUACAAUAUGCCCAGGGCCUCGAUUUCAAAGAGAACGGUAUAGUGAAUCCCAAAUGGCGUGAAGUCAAUGACUUCGUGAAAGGUUUGAUUUAA